AUGCCCGAGGUGGACCACGAGCAGGAGGCCAUCGACGAGCUGCGCGCGGCCUUCGCCAUCUUCGACAAGGAGGGCAAGGGCUUCGUGGAGAUCCGCGAGUGCAAGUCCCUCUUCUACACGCUGGGCAUCAAGAUCACGAAGAGCGCCAUCCGCGAGAUGAUCGAGAAGGACGGCAAGGACGGCCAGAACUCCCUCGACUUCAACGAGUUCUCCGGCCUCGCCAUGCCGCUCUUCAAGAAGCGCGUGCUCGUCGACGACGACGCCGACGUCUUCCGACUUUUGGACAUCGAGUCCAAGGACAAGGUCACGCUCGAGAAUCUGAAGCAGGUCUGCGAGGAGAUCGGCGAGUCCAUCCCCGACGACGAGCUCAACGAGAUCAUCGACGAGGCGUCCCGCUACCGCGACGACGGCAUCCGGAUGGCCGACUACCUCCGCGUCGUCCGCCGGAAGCGCGACGACGACGAGUAG